AUGUUGCAGCCUUGUGCUAAUGUUACAUGCAAACGUGCAUCUUGUGCUUUAUGUCAUUGUUGUCAACAAAAUGUAUGUAUAUCUCAUCUAAAUGAACAAAAUGAAUUUCUCAAUUCUCAAUUGAAUCCUCUUGCUGAUAGUAUUAAUGCACUUAAUCAUCAAUUUAAUACAUUAUGUAUUCAUGAAACAACACGUGAUUAUCAUAAAAAACUUGAACAAUGGCGUUUAGAUUGUUAUAAAAAAAUUGAUCAAUUCUUUGAAGAAAAAUGUCAAGAAUUCGAUCAACUUGUAGCUGAUAUAUUAAAUAAACAACGAGAUAAACUUACUAAUAUUCAAUCGGAUAUAUCAAAACUUAUUCAUAAUAAAGAAAUAACUCAACAAGAUAUUGAAUUAUUUACAUUAAAUAUUUCUCAACUUAAUGAUGAAUUAAAAAAAAUUGAACAUACAAAUAUUCAAUUUAAUAUUUCUCCUCUAAUAAUAAAUGAUACUUUAAUUUAUCUUCGAAAAACAAAUGAAAAACAAAGUGAUCUAUCUAUUUUAUCGUCUAUUUAUAAAGAAAUAAAAUAUCCACCUGAAAGUUAUUGUCCAUUAGCUUGUAAUGAUCGAUUAUUAUUAAUACAUCAAGCACCAAAUUUAUGUUUUAUGGAUACUGAAAUGGUCAUUAUCAAACAAAUUUUAUGGUCACAUGAUGCUAUUCGAGAUAUAUGUUGGUCAUCAACAUUAAAUCGAUUUAUUAUUAUUGAAGAAAAUAAUAUUUUUCUUGUUAAUGAAAAUACAAUGUCCAUUGAAAAUGUAGAAACUAUUGAAAAACGUAGAUGGUUUUCAUGUACAUGUUCAGAUACAUAUCUAUUUUUAACGACAGGUGUAAGAGGUUCAUCUAUUGUUGAAUUUCGUUUGUCACCUUUAAUUACUGCUAUGAAAGAAUGGAAAUCUCCUAAUACAUGUACAAAAGAUGAAUUUAUAAAUGGUAUUGUUUAUAAAAAUGAUAUUCUUGCACUAACGAUUAAGAAUAAAAUUGAAAAAACUUUACGUUUAGAAUUACGAUCUUGUGAGAAACUCAAUCAUAUUUGGUCAUUUGCAUUUAAUAUUAUAUGUAAUCAAAAUAUAGCUUUUCGUUUUUGUUCUUUUAAUUAUGACGAAUGGUUAGUAGCUGAUUAUGAAAAUGGAAAUUUGUUACAGAUUACAAAUGAUAAAAGUUUAAAGAAAACAAUUUCAUAUAAAGCAAUUCCUUAUUAUAUUUGUCUAUUUGGUUCAGACAUGCUUGUUGUAUCGACUGCAAAAGGAGUUAAUUUUCAUAAAAUAUAA